AUGGCAUCCAGGGAAACAACACCUUCAGAUCUGGGUGAAGAUCUCCAGCCCAUCAGGUUCCCAGCAUAUGUCAGAAAGGCAUUCAGAUUGGAUUCUGUCAGAACACCAGGGGGGCUGAACAUCCAAUUUGAGCAACUCCUUUUAGAAGGCAAGAAUGAUGAUGGCAGAUAUUACAAGCUUGAUACUGCAGACAUGAAAACCAACCUGUCUGGUGAUGAUGCAGGCAUCUCCCUCCACAGGGACUUUGACUCUAUCAUUGGGUUCUAUCAGGGGUUGCCAUUAUUUGACAGUGUGGAGCUUUCCCUUGUCCCUUGUCCUAUGGAUUCUCUCUCUGGUUCCACCAAUCUGCAUGUGAAGCUUCCAGAUCAUCUAUUCGAGAUUAACUGUGAACCUGGGGACCAUAAUUUUUUCCCAUACUUCACCCCUUCCACAACCCCACCAGGCCCAACCCACACAAAUAACACCAACAACUCCAACAAUACCGACAAUGACAACAAUGGCAAUAACAAUGGCAACAACAACAACAACAACAGGGUCAGCGAGACUUAUAUUGCGGAAUUCUACGAUGAAAUCCUGCGUCCAGCUUUGAUUCAUAUCCUUCCACAUUCCUCGCCUUCAUUUCCCCCUUAUCGGCUCUUGGGUGGCAUCCUCUCCCGCACCAAGGAUGGCAAGCUGGUGGGUGGGAAGCGUCUGGUUUCUGCUGCUCUGCUAGGUGAACUGGUGGAACAUAUGAGAGAUUGCCUGGAGAGGAAGAAGGAACGCUUUGAAUGGGCUUGCAGCUUCUUCUUUGGCCUUGAGAUCAAGGGAAUCAAACUCAGCACCACACAUCCUGUCCCUUUUAACAAUGGCACAGAGGAAGGGCAGGGUUCCAGUGAAGAGGAUCAAGAGAUGAUCUUCAGACAACUUAUCCUGGGGAUGUUUCACAGUGGACUCACAUCUCUAGAACAGCAAAGCACGUGGGUGGAUGUGGGGCUCGAAAUAAGCAGGAAGGCCCAUGUUCUUCACUGGGAUGCAUCAGAGCACCACCGAAUUCUUCAGGUCCUUGCCACAGGGUAUCAGGGGGAUGUGGAAAGACAAUGGACACAGCCUGGAAGGGAGGGGUAUUUCUGUGACAUUCAAGCAGGAAUCCUAUCUCUGGCUGGAGGACGUUGUGCAUUGCCUCAUCACCCCUGCUUACCCAUUUAUGCACAAUGGUAUGCGUCGGAGAAGGGGGUUUGUAGGAGAGCUGACAGGUUUGACCCUAUGCUGGGAAUCACAAAAAAGAACGUGUUUGGAGAAAAAACCAAGGAUAAACUGAGAGUGGAAUUCGAUAAUCUGGAGGAAGUGUGGAAUUCAGCUCAUCAUGAGAGGACAGAAGGGACGGCAAGAUUGGAGAUAUGCGUUCCCCUUCGAAAAGCCAAAAAUUCCCUGAGAACAGUGACAAAGGAGUUCAUCGAGCAGUGCACCAUCUCAGUGCCUGCAGAUCGGUGGUGGCUAUUCAAGCUUCUGGUGGCUCAUGCAUGUCGUCAGGUCAUUGAGGCUCAGAUGAAUGGGACCCCCCAGUCUAGACUGGCACGACAUGCUCUGGAGCUCAGUGCUGCACUCACAUGGUGGAUCAACAUGCUGAACAGGAGACCAGCAGCAGGUUCAUCAGAGCACCAGCUCAUGUGUGCUUCCCUCCCUGUCACCGACAACUUCUCCCACCCAGAUCUGUUAGAUGGACAUGACAGGAAUCCAUGGAGGGCGCAGGCGGAAAAUGAAGAAUACCGCCCAUUUGCCUCGGGAAAUGUCAUCUGCUUUACCAUCGACGAGCUCGAAAGAAUACUUUCAACUACCCCCUACAUCACACCACCUGCUCCUUUCCAUCUACCAAGACCUAACCACACACUUCCACCAGAUCUGCCGGAAUCACUAGAUGAGCUGCUAGCAAAUGCUCAUAUCAAAUUGAAGGAGAGCGCUACCAAGCACCUGAAGGAUUCUUUCCCCAACUCGGAUAACAGUGAUGGGGUCCCUCAGCUCGUUCAAGGGACCACGAACCUGGUAUUGACCAAGAAUAUCCAGCAGAUCCUCGACUUUUACUUUUCCAACAUGCUGCAGACCAUCCCUGUCCCCCAGACGCAAUCCCCAGAGCUGUUCUACCAUACUGUCCGUAAUCCAGACAGUCCAGUUGCACACCCUGGUAUAGGGUACUUUAAAGAACCUGAUCUUUUCCGCAGUGGAUUCACCGGAGCUCACAUCAGGAAGCGCAACCCCCCAGAGUUCCAUGUAGCGUUCCAGCUCUCUUUCCCACCAGCUGACCUGAAAUGGGAAGAAGCAAGGAUGAAGGGGACAUACAAUAGGGAGAGGAGAGGAGGCCAACCCAUGAGAUAUGGGGAUGAGAGAGAGCAAGGGUUGAUAGAGUACAAAAAUGGUGGUAGGGGUUGGAAGCGGCAUUCGUUUCAUGCUGCCUGGUGGGAAUUCAUCCAGAGAUUCGACUAUACUGGUGGCGAUCGUAUUAGGGAGAAGGUCUGGAAGAAUGUGUACUCCAAACUUGUUUGGGCACCCUAUUCUGACCUUUCACGAAUGUGGUACACAACAUCCAACGCCAAAAGUGCAGAGACCUUCCCUGCAGAUAUGGCAGGUCAAAGGCUUCCCAUAAUCAUUCUCAAUCCUUUGAUCGAUGAUAAGGCUAUGUGGGAUGGAUCUUUGAUUAGGAGGAGGGAAUGGGUGUCACCGACCCUGUAG